UGUAUGUUUGUGUACACACAGUUAGCCUCUGGGAAUAUUCAUGGAAAGAUCCAGAAAGCUGCACUGGCUGCAGGUCAGUAACGAGAGCUUCCUUCAGGGACUUGGACCAAAAUAAAACAUCUGACAGUUUCAGUCGAACAGACACAGUAGAAACUUUUACAUAUGAAUUGACUUCACUGGUCAUUGGCUUAGCACAAUUAACAGCUAACGUUACGCCACACGGGAAUCACAAUAAAACGCGUUUAUUUCGUUCAAAAGCGAAACUUAAAAGACAACGUGGCUCUGUGCGUCAAUGACUUUUCUCUCACCUCUUCCAACAAACCCGUGAACUCUCCACAUGGUUCUUGUUUUUCGGCAGCUUUAACUGAAGAGGUGUCUUCUGAAAGGCAUGUUUACAUUUCUCUGGGGGUCGUCUGGCCCCAUGAAUACCGACAGAAGCCGGUAAAUGUCGUAGAUUUACUCCACAGUUUGACUGCUGGUAAAUAAAACCAGUCACGAGAUGUCCCGGAAGUGCCUCAGGUGACGCAACCGUGAGCGCGGAGCGUCACAGCGCCGCCACGUGGUGGGGGAAGAGAAGAUACAACUGUACUGCACGGAGAGGAUGUUAAUUGAGGACCAAGACUGAAAGACAGAUGAGUUAAGAAAGUAACAAAAACAGUUAUAAAAGUUUGCUGCCGCAGGUUGACGGGGUGUUAUGAUGGUCGUUACUUGUUAGUAACAUUCUGGACCAAGCUAGCAGGCAGACACCUCGCGGAUUCCUCUGCCUAAGACCAGCGAUGUUAUAAGGAAGAUUUGAAUAAAGUGCAUAGUGCAAUGAAGGACUGAAGGAAGAUACCUAAUUGUCUCUCAAGGGAAAGCGGCCAAUGAGGUACAUUUGUGUUUUGUUACUGUUAUUUUUGUAAGACUGUAAAGAUGUAAUGUGACGGAUUUCUGUUGAGUCAUGUAACUAUGGUCGCGUUGUGUCUUUGAUGUUUACGUGGGAAUAAUUUGUUUUUAUUUGCUUUUCUGUCUGUAUGUUAACAGUUCUCACGGCACACUAUCAUGCUCUUCGUGUGAUUAAAGCCAGUAAACUUUAAGAACGACUUGGUUUCGUAACUUCGACUUGAGAGGGAAUUACAUUGUGGGAAGGAUUUCUCCCCUGUUGCUUGGGUUCGCAACCUUCUGGAUGGCUGCUUGUUCACAAAUAAAUAAAGGCAGUGGGUGCAAACCGGAGCUGGGUAUUAUCGAAGACAGAUGGAAAUGACCAAAAACAUGGACUCAAGUUCUGCCAUUAAGUACAAUUUAGAGCUAUUUGUAUUCUACCUCAGUACUUUCAUUACAUGUGGCUUAUACAUACAUCAUUUUUGGCCCUUAUAUUUAGAGGUUUACAUAAAACGUAUUUUGGAAGAUGAAUGCAAACUCAGCAGUGUUUUGUAUGUUGUAUAUAUCUAUGACUAUUGACAUUAACCAUCUAAUAAUGUCAUUUAUAAUAAGAUAGGACCCUCAGGGGACACUUAUUCUGCAGAAAAGUAUUUGUACACUUUAUACUUUAAGAACAUUUAAACAUUUAAGUUAAAAAGAGGUCUUAAUUUAGAAUAUUUUCUUCUACAACUAGCUGGAGGGUUAUUUAUCCCAAGCAUUGUUGCAAGCUCCACUUCACACAAACAGCACGCAAUGUUGCUGCAUUACACCCCUCCACCCUUCUCCCUGACCCCUGGAAUCUCAGCCCUUGUUCUUCUUAUUCAGAGGAAUAGGAGGGAGGGCAGACUUGGACGGACAAUUGCAUGACCCCUUUAUUUUGUUAGCUGUGUGUGAGGCUCUUUUCUCAGGAUGUGUUGCUGUGUGUGUGUGGGGGUGAAAGGUGUGUGUAUCUUGUGUUGUCAUAGGGCUCAGCUAUCUAUCCACGUAAUCUGUGCGCAUUCAAUUGAGGAUUACAGAGGAUCUGCUUAGAACAUAAAAUCUCAGCUGAAGAGUUCUAGUUUUGUUUGUCUGCCUGGAGCACCUCAGACAUGAACUGUGUUUAUACAUACUAUGUGCAAUGUUAGGCAAUAGCAGCAGAUCCCCAAAGCAUAAGACAGCUUGAAGAGACAGAGAAAGAGGUAGAUUUGAGUACUAAAUUAAGUGAAGGGGGCGGGGGAUUUAAAGACAAGACACAGGGGGUGUUUCUUGCCCCUCUCUCCCCUUUUUUUUCCUCUCUCGGCUGGUCUCCUUGGUCACACUCAACCACACAUCCUCACACACACACAAACACUGACGAGGGCUCAGUCCUGCUAUGGCCACCACCAACGAGGAAAGCUCUCCGGUCCCGGACGCCAUAGCACCCCAGCAGCCUGACCCGAAAACUAGCGUAGAACCCGGCUCAGCAGUGAAGCCUGAGCCCAGUGAGGCCCAACCUGACAGAGAGGAGAAAGAGGAUGAGGAAGACGGGGAAGUAGGUGGAAAUUCAGUGACGGGGCAGGAGAAUGAAAGAGAGCAGAGUCUGGACCCGGAGUGGGUGGAGGAGAGGUUCAGGAUCGACAGGAAGAAGCUGGAGAACAUGUUGUAUGCUCCGAAGCAUGGAGAUGGGGAGACAGGAGGGGAGUUUUUUGAGAGAGUGAUGAGAGAAACUGACACUCAGGUGAAAUGGCCGUCCAAGCUGAAGAUUGGAGCCAAGUCAAAGAAAGAUCCACAUGUGAAGGUGGAAGGGAAGAGAGCCAAUGUUUUGGAAGCCAAAAAGAAGAUACUAGAAGUGCUUGAAACCAGGGUCAACAAGGUGACUCUAAAGUUGGACGUGGCCUACACAGAGCACUCCCACGUGAUCGGGAAAGGUGGUGGAAACAUCAAAAAGGUGAUGGAGGUCACAUCUUGUCACAUCCAUUUUCCCGACUCCAACCGACACAACGGUACAGGAGAGAAAAGCAACCAGGUGUCCAUCGCAGGGCCCAUAGAAGGAGUGGAGGAAGCCAGGCGGAGGAUAAGAGACCUGCAGCCAUUGUCCUUGACUUUUGACCUCCCAGUCAGCCUGGUUCCCCAGGCUCUGCCAGAUGCGGGCUCCCCUCUCAUCCAGCAGGUGGUGCAGACUCUGGGGGUCAGUGUGAGCUUCAGGGCGAUGCCACCUCUUCCCCAGGCACAACCCAGCUUCUAUGAAAGCUGCUGCACCGUCUGGGGCCUGCAGGGCAACACAGCAGCUGUCAAGAAGGCAACCUGCAUCCUGAUGGAACUAUUGCUGGGGUCAGAGGUCACAGGCGGUGUGGUGAGCAGUCAGAUGGAUGUCACCUCCCAGCAGCAUCUCUUCCUGCUGGGACAGAACGGAUCUCACUUCCUGAGCGUCAUGCACCAGACCCAGACACAGAUCAUCCUACCCGACCUGAGCGCUCCUCAGAGCCCCCCCUCUCUGCUCAUCCAGGGAAACCCUGAUGGAGUGUGUCUGGCUCGGCAGCAGCUCAUGGACUGUCUGCCUGUGUGUUUGAUGUUUGACAUGCGUGAAGAUGGGGAGGCAGAUCCUUGUAUACUGGCUCAGAUGAUGCAAAGCCUGGGAGUCUUCAUUAGUGUCAAGCCCAAAGUAAAGCAGACCAGCAAGUCAGUGGUGGUAAAAGGUCUGGAAAGAAACAUCUCCUGUCUUUAUGAGGCUCGCCGUCUGCUCCUGGGGUUGGAUUCCUGUGAGAUCGCCAAGGUAACCGAGAUGACCUCUGACCCCAUGCUGGCCGGCAGCGGGCUGACCAACUAUUGGCUCAACAUGUUGCUGCAGCAGCUCCGUCUCUCCGAGCAGGGCUCUGGGCCAGCUGCCCCUUCAGAGGCACAGACUGUUAUUAAGACCCGCCCCUUACCUCCACCUGGUCUCACCCCUCAUGCUGACGAGGGGAGGAUAGGACUCAAGGGAACAGACAGCCGACCUCUGGAGAAAAUCCUUGAAAAUGAGGACCAGUCGGGCCAAUCAGAUGAUGACAGUGCUUACGACCUGCCAAUGUCAUCUUCUGAGGUGUGUGAUGCAGUCAGCUACAUCAGCAGGAUGGGGCGGAGGGGCAGCCUCCAGGGUCCUGAAGGUACCAAGGUUCUCAUCCAGGGCAGACGCCACUCAACAGGGCAGGCCCUGACAUACAGAUUGCUGAAUGCAGAGAUAGAAGGAGGAAGGAGUGAGCGGAGGAACAGCCUGAGGAGAGAUAUGACACACGCUCAGGAGUCAUACACGGCUGAGGAUUAUGACUAUGAGAGGAAGAAACUGCUGGCAAACAGAGCCAUGCAGAGAAAGCCUGUGGUCACAGAGGUCCAAAAGCCAACAGACACCUGGAGCGGCCUCGGCUUCUCCAAGUCCAUGCCAGCAGAGGCGAUCAAGGAGCUCCGCAACAUCAGCCGCCGCAGCUACAAACCCUACCUGAGCAGCAGCAUUAGCCAGCAACAGCCAUGGGUUUCUCAGAUGGGAAAAGCGUUCAAUGGGAGCAACUGUGAGAACUGGAGGGACCGAAGUGGAUCCACAUCUUCAUCCCUGCCUGUAUCUUCCUCCUCCUCUUCUUCAUCCUCCUCCCCCUCCUCACCCCCAUCUACUUUCACGUCAUCCUCAUCCUCCUUCCCUGCAUUUGUAUCCUCAAUGAAUAGAAGCAGAAAUGACAAACCCUUGGAGAGCUUCCCGAGCAGCAGCAGCUACUUUGAAAGUGUGUGCUCGUCGAGGAGGGCCUCAACCUGCAGUCAGCGGAGCCCCUCCCCACAGAUGACGGAUGACCUGCCUGAACUGCUCAGCCAACUUGGACUAAUCAAAUACAUCGAUGUGUUUGAACAACAAGAGAUUGACUACCAGACUUUCCUCACUCUGUCGGAUGAAGAUCUGAAGGAAGUGGGCAUUUCCACCUUUGGAGCGAGACGCAAGAUGUUAUUGGCCAUCUCAGACCUGACCAAGAGCAAGAGGAGGCUCUCAGACACACCUGCAGUGAAGCCUGGAUACCUGGAAGGUGGUGCCAGCGGGCGACUACCGCCAAUCAUGGAUGUAGAAGUGGCUGCUCAGAGUAAUCACUGGUGAGAGGAGACCCCCACCAGCACUGAGCUCCAUCUGACGGACGUGGAGAUAUUCAGCCUCUAGGAAAUUAAACAGUGAUGCUGUUGCCAGUGCAGAAACCUGCUUGUUAGUCACCGUAACUGGACAAGCAUGUAUUUGCCUGAAGAGCAGCAAACAUUAUGUAAACAUUUGGACUUCUGUGCCUUUAAUCUACAGCCAUACCCCAAAGUGUUUUAUACCAGUUCAAGACAAGGAGGUCUUCCCUUUCAAACCUCUGAUUCUCCAAAAAACUAUAUGUAAGAAACAAAAACGAACAUGAGACCAUGUUUACCCUUUGUGGUCUCUUCAUCCUCAGAAAGUGCCUUUAUUAUGCAAACUGUAACCCCAUGCUUUGGUCAUGUGUUGAAGUCCAUGUCAACCACUACAUUUAUGCAAUUGUAAAUAGAUAUUUUCAACAAAAAAGGGACUUUGUACUAUGAUAGUGAUAAUAAACACAUGUUGCUGUCAACGGUUA